AUGGCGUCUGUACCAUUACCCGCCCAAUCGGGCUCGUCGAAACCUCGAGCGUCCGCAACAGCAUCCACACGAGGCGAGAAGCCACCUACAUUCGGAAUCAUGUGGACUGUUAUGCGUUCCAUCGGUGACAUGUCCCUACCCUUCUUCUUUUCCUCCCUCUCCAUCUCCAACUCUCACCUCGUCCCCUCUUCAUCAACCCCUCUUAUCGUCUGCUCGAACCACAGCAACACCCUCCUCGACGUCGCAGUCCUUGCAUCGCACUUCCCCGAUCGUCGACCGUUACAUUUCUGGGCAAAAGCAGGAUUCUUCAAAUCCCCCAUCACCCGUUUCAUCCUCACCUCUUCCGGCAACAUCAAGGUCGAUAGACGAAACAAGAACAAUCAAGCAUUGUUCGAGGGGACGUUUGAAGCGAUGAAAGCCGGAGGAGCUAUUGCGCUGUUUCCGGAAGGAGGGAGUUAUACAAUUCCGAAAUUGGCAAAAUUGAAGAUGGGUGCUGCUUGGGCUGCAUUGGAGUAUUCGAACUUCUUGCAACUGAAGGAGGGAGGGAAGAGAGAGACGGAAGUGAAGAUUUUACCUACGGCGGCGGUGUUCGAUGACAAAAGCGUUUUCAGGUCGAGAGGAGUUUUGAGGUUUGGGAAGGCGAUAAGGUUGGAUGCUUACAUUGAGGAGUUUUUGAGUGCAUCUUCGCCGGGUACCGAGGAAGCGGAGGGGAAGGCGAAGGCGGUAGAAAGGGUGGCAGAGGAAGACGGUACUGUGCCUGCGACGCCGGAGUCUAUGACACGGACUAAUACUUCGACUGGCACCAACGCCAAUCAAGGCGUAAAGGAAGGAGUGGAACAGUAUGCAAGUCCAGCGCACCGAGCGGUGGCACGUCUGACAGCAGACCUGCAACGCGCGAUGGAGGAACUUACAUUCAAUGCUCCUGAUUGGGAAAUGUUCCAAGCUGUCCGACUGGCAAGAGAGCUCACUUUCGAACUCGCACCACCUGCUUAUGGAGACAAAGAGCUCAAGGAGCCGAUCGAGGAGUACGUCGAGCUCUCGCGCGCCUUCAUGGUGCUUCUCACCAUCCCAGCCUCGACAAAGAGCAAGGAAGCAAGACAAGCGCUUUUCGCCUACUCUUCUCUCCUGCAUCUCGCUAAUACGGACAACACUACGCUUGCUCGGUUCCUCCGUCGUGGAUCAUCUCCGUUUUCUUCGACCUUGCGAUCUUUCCUCCUGCGCUUGCCGUUGUAUGUGCCGAUCUUCGGCCUGAGCCUCAUUCCGACGUACAUCCUCCCCAAUGCGCUCGCCCACCACUUUGCAGCGAGGGAAGAAGAAUCGCUGUCGAGCGUCAAGACUCUUUUUAGCUUCUUCUUGACCAGUAUGCUUUACGGAACACUGCUUGUGAAGACUAUGCAGUGGACUCGGUGGUCACCACCGGGGCUGUUGGUGGGGUUGGCGGGUGUUUGGUUCCUGCAUGAUCUGAACAGGAGUAAUGUCGAUACGGCGUACUCGCUUGUCAAGCAGUUGAGGUUGGGUUGGAGGGCUCGUAGUGCUGAUCUCUCCAUCCACUCCGCAAAGAAGGUAGAGAGGAAGCAGGAAGAGGCGGUGAAGGGGAGAAAGCUGUUCUUCUACGGAACGCUAGUGCAUCCUAAGAUCCUGGCACGGGUCAUUGGCAAUAAUGGAAGUCACCUUCGCGUACAAAACGCUGUUCUGAAUGGUGCGAGGCUGUACCACGUUCGAGGGGCGGAGUAUCCGGGUCUGUUGAGAGAUGCCGAGUCUGGUGUCAAGGGAACUUUGGUGUCUGGCUUGACAGAGGGAGAUGUACGCUAUUUGGAUGCGUUUGAAGGCGAUGAGUACACUCGAAUCUCUGCCACUGUCAUCCCUGAUCCCUUGGCACCGGUGGAACGCAACUCGGACCGUAUCACAAACGCCGGCUCUGCUUCCUUACACGCCAUCCUCUCUGGCCUCACCAAGGAACGAAUGCAGCAGCUCUGCAAGACACAGUCAAUAGCGGUGGAUGGUGUAGAAGUGUACAGCUGGACAGCAGGUGAAAGCAAGCUUCAAAUGGACAAAACAUGGGAGUUUGACAUCUUCGCUCGCGAGCAUGCCAAGAACUGGGUGGGUGAGGGAGAGGUAGAGCACGAACACGAAUACCAGAUUGUUGACUCGAUGCGAGGGGACUCUACUGCUACUCUCACCACUACUCCGCCUGCUGCCACCACCCCUACGAUUGAAGGAGACGAAUGGAUCGAAGCUCGUGCCUCAACUCUUGUCUCUGAAGACGACAAAGUCAAGGCUGCAGUAGUAAAGGUGUGCAAGCAGCUCCAGGAGAAGCCAAGUAUCCAGUUCUAUGUUGACAAAGCCUUCCCUCGAAGCGAAGGUGUUAGGAGACCCAAGCUGGAUAACCCGCAUCUGGUGCAGGCUUUGGUGAGGGCGAGAAAGGCAGCCAAAGCUUCGUUGGAGGAGUUGCUGGCGGAAAUUGGUGGAGAUGAGCGAGUGCAAGAAGCCUUGGGAACAUUGGCAGUCACGAAGGCGAGAGUGCUCAGCCGUGCAGGUGUGGAGCUGAGUGAAGACGGUGCAGCGUUUCCUUUCACUCAAGCUCUGUUGCAAAGCUAUGCUGCUGGAGCCGCUGAAUCACGAAAGAAUGUGUGA